UUGUAGAAGAUAAGUGUUUGUAACUAAUUGCAUCUAAUUUCAGAUUAGUUGAAUGUAUAAAUUAAUUUAUACCUCAUAAGAAUUUUCCCCGUUUUAUAUCCCGUUGAUUUCUUUCAUACACUUUCCCCUGUCCUUGCCUUCUUGAAACUUCAAUUUUAGUUACAUCACCUUCGUUGGCGAUACCUUCAACAUGGCUUCACCCUUCAGCUCCAUCGUGGAUUGGGUAGCAGGAGAGAGAUUUGCCUCUGCUUUCCUUCGACCCUUGUUGGACCGACUGGAAGAGGACUGUUGGAGAUAUGAUCACGAUGCUAGACUUGAGACGAACUUAACCGAUUCAUUGCGUUCAAUCAAGGCUUUCCUUGAAGAUGCAGACGAUAAGCAAUUUGCAAGUAUUGAGUUCAAAAAGUGGCUUGAGAAACUCAAUGAUGCUGUGUACAAUCUGGACGACCUCCUGGAUAAGAUUGCUACUGAUGCUGCGCAACAAAAUUCAGAAGCCAAAUCCCAGAACCCAAGAAGCUGGAAACGCAAAUUGUCCUUUACCAAAAAAAUAUCUCCCAAACCAUAUGGGAAGCGUAUGGGGAUAAAGGUAAUUGCUAGAAGAAUUAAAAGCCUUGAAAGAGAAGCAGAACGCCUUGGCCUGGUGGUGAGGGUGAUUAAAAGGAACGAAAAUGCUGGAAGUGAGCCAGUUAAAAGAUUCCCUUCUACAGAUUCCAUUGUCUGCGGAAGACAUGAGGAUAAAGAAAAGAUUGUAGUUAAAUUGUUGCAGUCACAUGAUGCCAGCCAUGAUGGGAUACCCGUAAUCUUCAUUGUGGGCACGGCCGGACUAGGCAAGACCACCCUUGCUCAGCUUGCAUUCAACGACCAAAGAUUGAAGACUCAAUUCGACCUCAAAGUAUGGGUCUACGUUGGAGAUGACUUUGACGUUCGCAAGGUGAUGAAAAUAAUUCUUGCCACCACAACUGGGCAAUAUCCUGGGGUUGACCAUUUAGAUCUGCUUAAGUUGAAUGAGAGUUUGUUCGGGAAGAAACUUCUACUUGUCUUGGAUGAUAUUUUGAAGUGGAAUGAUGAUAGCUGGAAUACCCUUCGGAAACUUUUAAGAGACGCAGCAAAAGGAAGUAGGAUUGUCAUAACCACAACUGAACCGCCGAGGGACAUGGAAUUUAAGACAUCCAUCAUUUCUUCGUAUAAGCUAAAGCCCUUAUCCACGGACGAGUGCUUUUCGCUAUUAGUAAAACAGGCAUUCAGAGAAAAAAGCCCAAGUUCACAUCAAGAGCUCGUGGAGAUCGGCAAACAGAUAGCCGCCAGGUGUGAAGGUUUGCCUUUAGCUGCAAAAGCGCUUGGCAGUAUCUUGCGCUCCAAACGAGCUGUUGAAGAUUGGAAGGCCAUCUUGGAAAACAGCAAGGGAGGCAUUCCUUCAGCUCUCAGACUCAGCUAUUCUCACCUCCCUGCAAAUCUGAAGCGAUGCUUUGCCUACUGUUCAAUAUUUCCUAGGGGCUACGAAUUUGAGAAAGAAAAACUAGUCCGCUUGUGGAUGGCAGAAGGUUUCCUCCAGCAGCCCAAAAAUAGAAGAGAGGAGGAUGCAGGUGAUGACUAUUUCCUCGAUCUAUUAUCGAGUUCAUUUUUCCAAUAUUCAUCCACUAAUAAAUCAUGUUUUGUAAUGCAUGAUCUUAUUAGUGAUUUUGCUCAAUUGGUAUCCAAAGAAUUUUGCUUCAGAUUAGAGGAUGGUAUUUCUCAUAUGCGUGAAAAAAUUCUCCAUGCCUCUUACACUAGAGGCAACAAUGAUCCAUCCGACAAAUUCAAGCUCAUUCUUACAGCCAACCGCUUGAGGACAUUUCUUAUGAUUGAUUCGCCAUUGGAUCAUAAAUCUUGUCAUCUAAGUAAAGAAAACUUGCACGAUUUGUUUUCGGGGUUAACACACUUGCGAGUGUUCUCUUUGGCCUUCUAUGGUUUCACUAAAGUGCCUGAUUCGAUAGGCAAGUUGAAACACCUACGCUACCUAGACCUCUCUCACACCGCACUAGAAAUUUUACCUGAAUCAGUAAGCUCCCUUUACAAUUUGCAAACAUUGGAUUUGUCCUACUGCCAUUCCCUCAGCAAAUUGCCGCAAGGCAUGGUGCAGCUUGUUAACUUGCGUCAUCUUCUCAUUACUAAAACUAAUGUGCAGUGUAUGCCAUUAGGAAUGAGUAGAUUAACGAAUCUUCAGACCCUGUCUAACUUUAUUGUGGGCGAAUGUGGCUCCAAAGUUAAUGAGUUGUCAGGGCUUUCUGAUAUUCGCGGAACACUAUCCAUUUCUAAGUUGCACAAUUUAGAUCCUGAUAGUGAUCCUUUGGAUGCCAAAUUGACAGCAAUGAGAUAUCUUGAUGAGCUAGAAUUGGAAUGGAACUGGGAGAGUGGAGAUCCAAAGAAAGACGAAAAAGUACUUGAAAACCUUGAGCCUCCCCAAAAGUUGAAAAGACUGGUCAUUAAAUCUUAUGGUGGCACAGGAUUUCCAUGGUGGUUGGGAAAUUCUUCUUUUGCAGACUUAGUGUUUCUAUCUCUUAGCAACUGCAAAGAUUGUUUGCAAAUGCCCUCACUAGGGAAUCUGCCAUCUCUUGAAGUUCUCGAAAUAGAAGGGCUUUCUAGAGUAACAAGAUUGGGCGUGGAGUUCUAUGGGACGCACUGUCUGAAGACUUUGAAAUUUAACAGGAUGCUUGCAUGGGAGGAAUGGGAAACUGACGAAAUUGGAGAUGGAAAAUUUCCUUGUCUGGAUGAGCUUCUAAUAAUCAACUGUCCUAAUCUGAAGGGCCAUGUACCAAAGAGCCUUCCUUCCCUGACAAAACUGGUGAUUUCAAAUUGUCCCAAACUUGUUGAUUCACUUCGUCUGCAAAAGACUUCAGCAAAAUGUGAUAUCUUCAUAGAUGAUAAGAAGAUACAACCUAGAAGUGAAGAUGAAGAUCCCUUACCAGUCUACCCUGAAAAAGGUGUGAUUUCAAGCUGCGCACAAGAAUUUCAGACUGCUUCAGAAAGCCCUACGCAUGUUGCCUCACAAUCCUCCUUACAAACGACAAGAGCCACAGACGUAGACGUUGCACAUCAAGCUGAUGAUCAGGCCAAAGCAUUCGACUCUUUCCUUUGGAUUUCAAAAUAUUCAGAUAAUGGACAAUUGGAGAAACAAUCACAUGUAACGGAUAUUUCAAGUCGCUCGGAAAAAGUUGGUUCUCAGACUGCCUUGGAUAGUACUAAACAGACUGUUGACCUGCAAUCUGCUGUCCAUACUAGUGCAACUGCAACCAUUACACACCAAGCUGAUGAUCAAGCCAAGGUAUUCGACUCUUCCCCAGGGAGUUCAAAAGAUGACACACGGUUAAAGAAAUUGCCACAGACGACUGAGAUUUCAAGCCUCCCAGAAAAAUUUGCUUCUGAGACUACCCCAGGUUCUACGUCACAUGAUGUUGCUCUGCAGUUCUCUCCGCUAAUGACUAAAAUGACGGCUGACAGUAGUACAUAUCAAGCUGAUAUAGGGGUCAAGCCAUUUCUCAGCCAUGAUGGAAUGCAACACCAGUACUCUUCCCCUGGAAUUUUGAAAGUUUCAGAUAUUGCGGAAUUGAGCAAAUUGCCAACUGACCUACACAGCCUCAGAAUUGAAGGAUGCGACACCUUGGAGUCCUUUCGUUCGGAAAUUCUCAGCAGCAACCCUUUUCUUCAACAUUUAUAUGUCAUUGAUUGUGGUUCUCUUAUUUCCUUUGCUGAAGGUGCUCAUCCUACCGCCUUGAAGACACUACAUUUCCGAAACUGCAGGAAGUUAAACUUUCUUUUCACUUCAGAGAUGUUGCAUCAAUUUGCAGAUUUGGAACAUUUGUGCAUAGGGAGCAGCUGUGAUUCUCUCGAGUCCUUCCCCUUAGACUUCUUUCCAAAGCUUAAAAUUCUGUGUCUCUGGGACUGCAUGAAUCUCAACUCCCUUUCAAUUCAGAAGGCAAUCAGUCUAGAGUCACUUGACGCCUUGGAAAUCAGGGAUUGCCCGAAUCUGGUAUAUUUCCCAUCAGGAGGAUUGCUCGCCCCCAACUUGACGUCAGCUUUCUUCUCUAAUUGCAAGAAUCUCAAGUCCCUACCCAGACAAAUGUGCCGCCUGGAAUCUCUUCAGUCGCUAUUUAUAAGUAAUUGUCCAGAACUUGAAUCACUUCCAAAUGAUGAUUUGCCUGCCCGCCUAAAUUUACUUUGCAUUACAUCUUGCGACAAAAUCACUCUCAGGAAAGAAUUGGAACUGAAUAGACUUGAUGCUCUAAGUCAUUUAGAGAUUGAAGGUGGAUGUGUGAAUAUAGAGUCAUUUCCGGAGAAGGGGCUGCUGCCUGCCAAUCUUAUUUCACUUCGCAUCAGCAGGCUUCUGAAUCUCAAAUUUCUGGACCAAGAGGGGCUUCAACAACUCACUUUUCUUGAAAAGCUGGAAAUUAGCUGCUGCAAAAGGCUCCGUUCCUUGCCAGAAAAGCUACCUAACUCUUUAUCUUCUAUAAGUAUCAAAGAAUGUCCUCUGCUGAAAGCAAGACUCCGGAAUAAGAGGGGAACAGAUUGGUCCAGAAUUGCUCACAUUCCUAGCAUAUUUAUUGAUGAGGAAGAAUCUCAUUAGCGUCUUAGAACAUAUGAUAUGCUGCAGUCAUAAGGAGUGCAAGGGAAAGAAAAUAUUGCAUUCAGAACAUAAUAGCAGCUUUCUUGUAGUUCUGUUUUUUCAAUGAAGAUUUCCAACUGCAAAUUUCCUUUAUGUAAAAGUUUUUAGAUGGGUCUUGAGCAUUAAAGCAUGUGUUAGUACAAGGAUGAGAGCUUUGUUGUACCUGUAAAAAUAUGUAUAUUUAGGCAAACUCCAUAGGUGGAUUAAUCCACAAAAAUCAUCCUAUUUGAUUGUCCUGUUUAUAAUUUAUCUUGAACUUCAUCUUCCUUGUCUGAUUUA